CUUCUUGGUAAAUGAUUAAUUACAAAUUUCAGCAAAAAUAGUUCAAAUUUCCUUAUUGUUGUAACAAAAGUCUAGAUGACUGCGUUAGAAACGACUUUUUUGCGCUGAGUUUCCAUAAUAUUAGAAAAGUAAAAGUCCCUAUAAAGGCACUCUUUGUUUUGAGGUUAGAUCAAGAUCAUUGACCUUGCAAUGAUUUUUUAAGUCCGAAAAGCAACAAAAACCCUUUGUCACGUUGUGUUAACACCGCACAAGUGUGAAUUUCGUGCGAAUGCUUCUCUAGCCCCUUGUCGUCCGCCUUUUUUACUACGUCAAAACCAAAAUGUCUUUCGCCCUAAGAAUCAAAACCAAAGCUGGCCAAGAAGUCCUCAGGAAUCUCACACCGGAGCACACCGUCAAGGACCUCAAAACGCAACUCUCGUCCAUCUCGAAGAUUCCUCGAGACCGCCUACACAUCCUGUCAGGUUACCCUCCCAAGCCACUGGACCUAACCCAAGAUAGUCUAUCCCUCAGCAAAAGCGGGAUCAAAUCCGGCGACACGCUAAUCCUGGAGGAGAAAGCGCCGCCCCCCAAAGAAGUCACGUACAAAUCCCACAUUAGCGACUUUGGUGCCAACUCCUCGGGUAUACUGAUGAAGAAAGUGGUCCCGGCCGACAACUCGUGCCUUUUCGGCAGCAUAUACUUCGCUUUGAACGGGAAGAUCGACGACAGCGGGACCGCGGCGCCGUACAUGCGGCAAGUGAUCGCGCAGACUGUGGCCAAUGAUCCGGAGACUUUCUCAGAGGCUAUUUUGGGGAAACCCAACGAUGAGUAUUGCACGUGGAUCCAGGACGACAAGUCAUGGGGGGGCGCGAUUGAGUUGGCGAUCCUCUCGAACCAUUACGGGUUCGAGAUCGCCGUGGUGGACACUAUUAACGCUAUUAUUAACAGGUUCGGGGAGGACCAGCAUUAUACAUUGAGGAUUUUCCUGUUGUUUGAUGGAAUUCACUACGACCCGUUAUUCUUGGAGUCAGCUGACGGAAAUAACAUCCAGACCAUUUUUCCUACGGAUGAUGAGAAGGUUUUAAGGCAAGCGGAAGAACUGGCUCGAGAGGCGAACGCCAGCCGACAGUUUACCGAUGUUAAUAAAUUCACGUUAAAGUGUAUGAAUUGUAAUAUUUAUUUAAAUGGACAAUUGCAGGCCCGGGAGCAUGCGCAGAGUACAGGACACAUGAAUUUUGGAGAAGUGUAGCACGGACUGAAUUUACAACUUGUAGCUUUACAAUAACAAAUUGUUUGUAACUGGUCUUGCAAAUUUGUGCCCCCUGAAAGACGGUAAUUGAUAUUUUUAAUUUAUUAAGUAAUAAAUUUAUCAAUAUUA